AUGGUCAAGUUAGGCUCAGAAGGCGACGUGAACUCGGGCAGGACGACGCGACGCGAGACGCGGAGGCAAGAACAUGUACAAGACCCGGCUACGUUAGGCAGCAUGCGCCCUUCGCUGAAGAGUGCAUGCGCAGGGAUCAACUCGCCGUACCGCAAUCCCGGUCGAGAAGUCGGCACGAAAGCUCAGAGGAUCGAACAGCGAAAGGAUGUAGCCAGAGCGGAAGGCUGGGUGCGCGCUGCGCGGAAGACGAGGAUGCGAUGCAAGAGGAAGACGGCAGUACCGAGCAGAGGAAGAAACGCGGACGACGAACGUCUUGAACACUCAUCCACACGCACCGCGAUCGGGUCCUGCUGGCAGGUGGACGAGGCGGCUGCUAUCACUCGGUUACCGACGCUCCGACGCGUAGCGGGGACCGACCCGCGCUGGGCAGUACGGUUCUUCGUCAAAUCGUAUGCUGCCCAAAAGGCGUCCGCCUCCUUGACAAGCAUCGAGGUGCAGGACGCCACGACGUCCACGCCUAGGUUGGCCGGCCGCCGCUCGCACCGAAACGGCACCCUGGGCUCGCUCGACCAAGCGAUCAAUACAGCGAGCGGCGUCGUCGCCAAGUGCGAAUUACAGAACAACAUGCUCAUCCGCCCUACGGAGGAAGAGCUGAAGGAUUCCGGCGAGCUGGACUACAUCGCGGGCCAGCUCCCGGCGAAUCGUUUCACGAAGGGCGUGAGCAGCACCACGUCUGUCGAGAUCGAUUUCAAGCAUAUGGAGAGGAUCAUCCUCGGCGCACUACCUCCACUGACCGGUCAAGCUCGGCCAGCUCUCGCUGCAUUCGUCUACCAACGUCGGCAUCGAGAACAACGAUGUGACCAUCUUCUUUGGGUUGCCGGGCACGGGCAAGACCAGACGCUCUCCGCCGACCCGCGCCGGAAGCUGAUUGGCGAUGACGAGCGCGUCUGGUCGGACGACGGUGUGUUCAAUAUCGAGGGCGGGUGCUACGCAAAGUGCGUCAACCUCUCCGCAGAGAAGGAGCCCGAGAUCUACGACACGAACACGCGCUCCGCGUACCCGAUCGUGUUCAUCGCGAACGCGCAAAUCCCGUGCAUGGUCAACCGCCAGCCGAGCAACAUCGUCAUGCUCAUCUGCGAUGCGCUCGGUGCCUGCCGCCCGUGA